AUGUUUUUAAUUUCAUGGAUUUUAUCUGCAUUUUGGAUUGCAAUAGUAUUCAGCGCCCAUAUAAAUGAAAGCGACCUGAGUAACUCGUCUAAAAAUAUAUGGGCUGUUCUCGUUGCUGGCUCUCACAGGUGGAUGCGAUAUCGACAUCAGUCCAACGUUUGUCAUGCUUACAAAACAAGAUCAAAUGGCAUUCCAAAGCACCGUAUUAUUACAUUUAUGUACGAUGAUAUUGCAUACAAUCCAGAAAAUCCCGAACCUGGUGUGAUUAGAAACGAGCCAAAUGGUACAAAUGUUUAUAAAGGCGUACCAAUUGAUUACUCUGGUGAAGAUGUUAGAAAAGAUGUAUUUUUGAAUGUUCUUCAAGGAUACAAGGCGAAAGUAAAAGGCGUUGGAAGUGGACGAGUGGUAUUCAGUACGAAUAAAGACAAUAUUUUUAUUUUCCACACGGGUCUUGGUGGCCAUAAUGGAUAUGUUGAAUUCCCGGAUUCUGGGGAAGACACCGAUUUGCACGCAGAACAACUUGUAUCAACUUUUAAACAUUUACACGACCGUAAUAGCUAUAAAAAUAUAUUGAUGUACUUAGAAUCGAGUCAUUCUGGUGCUAUGUUUGAUAACCAUACACUUCCUCAUAAUAUAAACGUUUUAGCGAUUAGCGCUGGUGGACCAGACGAAGAUACAUGGGGUACAUGGUGCAAUACGAACAUAAAACCAUGUCUCGCUGGUCUGUUCUCAUAUGCUUGGAUGAAUUAUGACGAAAAUAAUCCUAACAAAUUAAGGAGAAUUCAAAGCGUGUUCGAUUAUUUUGACAAUGUCCGAGAUAUCGUGUCGCACACGGGUAAACAACAUCCUCAACUCUAUGGUGAUUGGAAUAUCGGAAGAUUACCAAUAAGUCGAUUCAUCGGUUUUGAAAAUCGGUCGAGUUCAAAAGCGGAAAUAAAACCCAUCAGUGGCGCUAACAAGUACUAUGCAUUUGACAAAGAUGCAAUAAUUACAGAUGACGUGACUGCAGUCGACAAACAUAUCCCAACAAAAUUAUUUCAACAAAAGGUAAAUUAGUGUUUGACAACAGGUUUAUGUGAUUCAAAUUAUUUAGUUGAUUUAG